CUUGCUAGAUGUGUGUAUGAUCUCAAUAUACUAAUGAUGCUUAAAACUAACAAAAGCAUAUUUUUAAUUCAGAAAAAGUUGGACUCUCUGAAGAGCCUUGACCUGUACAACUGUGAGGUAACAAAUCUAGAUGACUACCGAGUGUGUGUCUUCACACUUCUUCCACAGCUCACAUAUCUGGAUGGAUAUGAUCAGGAAGAUAAAGAGGCUUCUGAUUCAGAUGCUGAAAUAGAUGGUUUUGAUGAGGAAGAUGAGGAAGGGCAGUGAUCGGCAGCCUUAAACACUCAAUCAGCCAGUUGGACCAGUUUCCCACAUUAAAGAAAACACUGGGAACCACAAAACCCUUUUGACAUCUAAAAUGAAGAUAACACUGCAGAUAUCGUUUUUUACCUUUAUACUAUGCAUAAAAAAACUAUAGUGUGUUGCAUUUAUGAAAUCAAUG